AUGAAGAGCAUCGCAUCGUUGAGUUUCGUGGCGGGGCUGACCGUCGUCUCGGCGCUGCCGACCAGUGAGGGGGCCUCAGGCAGCAUUACAGAUGCUCUCACAUGGACAGGCCAAGUGCAGUUAGGCCAGCUGCCCAUUGUCUUGACCGGGACUGCCGAGGAGAUCUACCACAACAUCACAGCGAUUAACCCCAACUACGACAGCGAGCUUGGCAUCAAUAGUCAGAACUCUCUUACCACAGAGCAGAACUUGGAGAACUUGGCUCUUCUCAACGCACGCGCACCAACUUCAAGCGAUUACACGUGCAACUACGGCACCUGGGUCAGCGCUCUCAACACCGCCGCUGUCAUCAGAUAUCUCUAUAGUAUUGGCAAUGGUGACUGUGCUGCACCCCCAGGAAGGCCAGGCGCAGGCGGGUGCAGUAACACUGGCUGCGCGGGCGAGUCGUCCGUCUGGCUGUGCAACGACUACAACUUCCAGCUCCACGUGCCGUGCCGACUCGUGGCAGACAAUGCUGUCGAGGUGAUGAUCAAGUGCCAGAACAACGACGUGGUGCGGGGACAGAUCUUUUCCACUGACCGAGGCUGGAACACAAUCGUCAACCGCUGCUAG